CGGCGGGCGGGGGUGGCCACCGCGCCGCGCGGCCGGGGCGCCCGGGGAGCCGCCCACUUCGCCGCGGCGGGCCCCGACGGCCGGAGCUUGGAUGAGGCGGCGCCCGCCGAGCUGGGGCGGACGCGGGGCGACCCGGGACGGGGACACGCGCCGGUAGCCCCGGCACUGCAGCGGCCGCAGGAUGGCCGAGGCUAUCGGCUGUACUCUGAACUGCAGCUGCCAAAGCUUCAAACCAGGGAAGAUCAACCACCGUCAGUGUGAGCAGUGCAGACAUGGAUGGGUGGCUCACGCUCUGAGUAAGCUGAGGAUCCCUGCCAUGUACCCCACAAGCCAGGUGGAGAUCGUCCAGUCCAACGUGGUGUUCGACAUCAGCAGCCUCAUGCUCUAUGGGACCCAGGCCAUCCCUGUCCGCCUGAAGAUCCUUCUGGACCGGCUCUUCAGUGUGCUGAAGCAAGACGAAGUCCUCCAGAUCCUGCACGCCUUGGACUGGACCCUCCAGGAUUACAUCCGAGGAUACGUGCUACAGGAUGCAUCGGGAAAAGUGCUGGAUCACUGGAGCAUCAUGACCAGUGAGGAGGAGGUGGCCACCUUACAGCAGUUCCUUCGUUUUGGAGAGACCAAGUCCAUAGUUGAGCUCAUGGCAAUUCAGGAGAAAGAAGAGCAGUCUGUUGUCAUCCCACCUUCCACGGCCAACGUUGACAUCAGGGCUUUCAUCGAGAGCUGCAGCCAUCGGAGUGCCAGCCUCCCCACUCCCGUGGACAAAGGAAACCCCAGCAGCGUGCACCCCUUUGAGAACCUUAUAAACAACAUGACCUUCAUGCUGCCUUUCCAGUUCUUCAACCCCUUGCCCCCAGCACUGAUAGGGUCACUGCCCGACCCCUAUGUGCUGGAGCAGAGUCAAGACCAAAGCCAGGACCCCAAACAGGAAGUCCAUGGAGCCUUCCCUGACAGCAGCUUCCUCACUUCCAGUUCUACCCCAUUUCAGGUUGAAAAAGAUCCGUGUCUCAACUGUCCCGAUGCUGUCACCAAAAAGGAAGACAGCACCCACUUCAGCGACUCCAGCUCAUACAACAUCGUCACGAAGCUCGAAAGGACACAGCUGUCCCCAGAGGCCAAAGUGAAACCCGAGAGGAACAGCCUGGGCACAAAGAAGGGCCGGGUGUUCUGCACAGCAUGUGAGAAGACCUUCUACGACAAGGGCACGCUGAAGAUCCACUACAACGCCGUCCAUCUGAAGAUCAAGCACAAGUGCACCAUCGAAGGCUGCAACAUGGUGUUCAGCUCCCUGAGGAGCCGCAACCGCCACAGCGCCAACCCCAACCCCCGGCUGCACAUGCCUAUGAACAGAAACAACAGGGACAAAGACCUGAGGAGCGGCCUGACACUGGCUGCCUCGGAGAGUGCCAAGCGCCCAGGCCUCGGGGUGACUCCUCCAGACUGCCGGCCUCUCCCUGGCUAUGCUGGGGCAGUGGAAGACUCCCGGAGCCAGCCAACCUUCCCGAGCCUCAGCCACAACGGGGUGCUCUUCCCCAACCUGAAGACUGUCCAGCCAGUCCUGCCUUUCUACCGCAGCCCGGCCACUCCGGCCGAGCUGGCCAACACCCCAGGGAUGCUGCCCUCCCUCCCUCUGCUGUCCUCAUCCAUCCCGGAACAGCUGGCUUCCAACGAAACGCCGUUUGACACCCUGCCCAAGAAGAAAUCCCGCAAGUCCAGUAUGCCCAUCAAAAUAGAGAAGGAGACCAUGGAGACAGCAGACGAGAAGAGGCAGCCUCUGAGCUCUGACGAAGACAUGCCCCUGCAGGUGGUCAGCGAAGACGAGCUGGAGACCUGCAGCCCCCGGUCAGAUGGAGCCCCAGAGGAGCUGCACACGCCAGCAGGAAGCUCCGAGAGGCCUCGCCUUGAGGAAGAGAGGCCCUGCUAUCUCGAGCCAGGAAUUGAGUCCAGUGGAGCCAUCCGCCAGACUCCUGAGCAGGCCACGCACAACUCGGAGAGGGAGACUGGGCAGAAGUCAGUGUUGAACACUGUGCCACAGGACGCAGAGGAGGAUGGCCGUGAACCUCACCUCACAACCAGGGUGGAGCCCUGUGUGCCUUUUCCCGACUAUAUCAAACUGCAGCAGCACCUACUGGCCGGGGGGCUCUUCGGUGCCUUGUCCACCCAAGGAAUGGCUUUUCCCUGUUUCGAAGAUGCCAAAGAGUCGGAGCACUUGGGUCGGCUGGCAUCAGUGAGGUCGAAGGAGGAAAAUCGCUUCCAAUGUGACAUCUGCAAGAAGACCUUUAAAAACGCUUGCGGCGUGAAGAUGCAUCAGAAAAACAUGCACUCGCGGGAGAUGCACACGUGCACCGUGGAGGGCUGCGAGGCCACCUUCCAGUCCCGCAGGAGCAGGGACAGACACAGUUCAAACCUAAACCUCCACCAGAAAGUAUUGCCCCAAGAAGUGCUGGAGAGAGGCGAAGACCCCUUCCGGGCAGCUUACCUCCUGAAAGAUACAGCCCAGGAGGCAUACCAGGAGGCAGCCUUCACACCGCAAGCCUCCCAGACGUCUGUCAUCUUCAAGGGGAUGAGCCGGAUGGGCAGUCUGGUGUACCCACUAGCCCAGGUCCACAGUGCCGGCCUACAGACCUAUGCCUCUGGUCUGCCUAGCGAGGGCACUGUCUUGGAUCUGAGCACUACCUCGAGUGUGAAGUCGGAGAGCAGCAGCCACUCCUCCUGGGACUCAGACGGGGCCAGCGAGGAGGGCGCCGUGCUCACGGAGGACUGCGACGGGACCUGUGAUGGGCCAGGCCUGGUGCCCGGGGAGGACUACCCACUCUGCGUCCUGAUGGGGAAAGCUGACCAGAGCCUCGCCAGCUUGCCUUCCGGGCUGCCCCUGACAUGUCACCUCUGUCAGAAGACAUACAGCAAUAAGGGGACCUUCCGGGCCCACUACAAGACCGUGCACCUCCGCCAGCUGCACAAAUGCAAGGUCCCCGGCUGCAACACCAUGUUCUCAUCUGUCCGCAGUCGGAACAGACACAGCCAGAACCCCAACCUGCACAGAAGCCUCACCUCCUCUCCUAGUCACCUGCGGUAACAAGACGGUAGACCACUUGGCUUGAAUAAGCACUGGUCGGAAUUCAGGAAUAAGGUAGUCCAAAGGAAAGUUUCUCACUCUGUUUAAUACCAUUUGGGGCAAGCAAGGCAAAGAGUGUGUGGGUUGACUUCAUAGUCUUCAAGAGCAGGAUGAACAGAAGAGAGGCCUUGUGAGAAGCUGUCAUAGGGGCAGUGUUUCCUGUUAUCUUUCUCAGCCCAAGAAGUUUUUCACUGACAGCAAACACUUGCAGAAACGCGGUUUUCCCAGAUUUGUUUACACAUCACCUGGGAGAGUGCCAGGUCUGUGUCUUGACCACAGGGGCCCAGGACCCAGGGGGGAGCUGGAAGGGAGGUUGUAGUAUUAAGGGUCAAUGAAGUGUCCUGAGGACACAGACUGUCACCACAGGUGACACCAGGAGCCAGUCCCAAAGAUCACAUUUUUUGAGUUCCUGCCUUAAUGAGUCUGAAAUCCAAACUGAAGUUUGGGAAAAUGACUGAGACUCCCUCCAUUUAGAUUGGAGAAUUGCUUUCUUCCCCCUAUAGGUCUCACGUGUUACUCCAGGGAGUUCUCAGAAAAAGAGGGUUGGCCUCUUAACAUGUAGGAACACGGAUGUUCCCUGGGAUGUUAGUUCUUGCUCCAUAACACACGUUCAGGAAGCUAGCGGUGAGUACUUCAUGCACUUAAAAAUAGUGGUCUUCAAUUUAAUUUAAAAUAAGUUUGAUAGUAUUUAAUUUGUGUUUAUGUUAUGUGAGUAUUUGGGGUGAGUGCAGACAUGUCACAGUGUGACCUUUGAGUCUCUGCUCAGAAGCAGAGAGAGUGACAGCCUAAAAUUCAAAACCACUGCCUGUUUUCGCUUGGUGAACUCCGGAAUCUGUUCUUUUAGAGCCCCCGUGGAACGAAUGCAGGCAUGAUGCUGGCAGGACCAUUUGUAUAUAAUCAGCCAAAGCAUUUAGAGAAUGUGGUUCUGACAGUUGUUGUGUAUUUUCAGUAUCACUGGAUCCCUCAGUCUUCACCCUUUUACAGAUGUGUAAGAUUAGGAUGAACUUUCAAAUUUACAUGGUAGAAAGAAAAGUAGGACAUUAUUGCCAUACUGUAUGUCUUAAUAUUUAACUUAUUCUGAAAUAUAUUCUGUACCAUUAUACAUGUUUGCUGUUGUAGAAAAGAAGCUUAACAGGUCCUGUGAAAGGAGACCAUCUCCUGAAAUUUGGCAUUUGCCCUAAAAGCCCAUGGUUGCAAAAAAGAAAAUGAUUUUGUAUUAAACUUUCAAGUUAAUCACUUUUUAAACUCAUGGUUGGUUUGAGUAAUGAGAAUCGGGGAGUCAAAAUAGAUUCUAUUCCUCUGGCCCAAAGGUAAAAAAAGCCAAUAAUGUGUUAAUGAUUAUUUCAACAUUUAAAAAAAAAAUAAAUGUGACAACUUAAACUUUGUCUCUGCUUAAAGUGAGAUGUAUCUUUGAAAUGUUUUGUUACACAGGUGUUUCAUAUUCCAGUAUCCCCAAAAUGGAAAAAUUUGUAUACAAAUGAGUUUUCUAUGAUUUAAUAAAAAUAUAUGGCACA